ACCACCACUGACCACCACCGCUGCUGUCCACCACCACGCCUCGAGGAGUUCCUGCUCUGCAGCCACCAGCGGCGAGGGUCCCUCAGCCCUCGACUCCACCGGAGGGCUCGGCAGAGCCCGGUUCGGUUCCAGGCUCAUCCCGGGCCGCCCUAUCGAGGGGCCGCCGGCUCGGAACAACCCCCGGGCCCCGCCGCUCCGUCGCUGAUCGUUGAUCUCCCCCUGAGGAUGAAGAACCGACCGGUGCUGGCCGUGCUGCUCUUCCUGGCGCUGCCGCUCGCCCUCGCCCGCCGCGCCCCCGCCGCCCCGCCGGGCCCCGCGCUGGGGAUGCCCGUCCCGGAGCCGCUGCCGUGGAGCGCCCGCGGCAGCCCCGGGGCCGCCGCCGCCGCGCUGGAGCUGCUGCGGGAGGAGGGCGCCGGAGACAUGCACGAUUUCUUCGUGGGGCUCAUGGGGAAGCGAGCAGCGGAGCCCGGGCGAGCAGCGGGGCGGGGGGGCGGCGGCCCGGCCCCCCGGUGUUCCCCGGGACCCCCCGCGCCCGGCGAGGCCCCGCUGCGGGCGGCCUGAGCGGCGGAACGAGCCCCCCACGCGCGGAGGGGCCCGGGCGGGGUUGUGCCCCGUGUCCCGGGGACGGUGGGACCGACUGCGGGAGCGUCCCGGGCGCCGGCGCCCACGGAGCUGUCGUGGGAGCCGCCGGGAGCGCGGCCGUCCCGCCCCACGCGCGCGUGUCCGUGCACCUGUGUACACCUGGA